AUGGCCCAAACACACCAAAUCUUCCUCUUUGGAGAUGUACACGUUGACAAGCUCUCCGCUCUCAAAACACUUUUCUCUCACUCUAAGACUCACCCACAGCUGAGAGACUUCCUAAGAUCUGCCUGUGAUGUCAUACAAUGCCAGCUUUCCACCUUUCUGCCAGAAGAACGAGGAGUGUUUGGGCAUUUCGACGAUCUUCUUGAGUUGGGCGAGCGAUAUGCCAAAGAAGAGUUCCCAGAUGAGAUGAUUGGCUAUGUUCUCAUCACCACCAUACAAGUUGGUGACUUGCUCUUUCACAAAUUGACCAAAAACAACAACAAUACACAUUCUCUCGGUCUUUGCAUCGGUCUUCUUGCAGCUUCAGUGGCAGCAGCAGUGAGUGAUACAAGUAAAAUUGCCAAGUUAGGCACUGAAAUCAUAGCAAUAAGUCUGCGACUAGGUGUUGCUGUACGCCGGCGAUCGCGAUGUAUCGAAGACACGCACAGAUCAUGGGGCUGUAUAUUGUUUGGUCUUGAGUUUUGGGACCUACAGAAGAAAUUGGAGGAGUUUAACAAGAAUUUCCCAAAGCCAAGAUGGGCAUACGCAGGCGUAUCCACAAAAUCGUGGACUACAGUCUUCGGGCCUCCAUCUACACUGCAAAAUUUAUGCCCCGCAAUUGACGUACCGCAUAAAUUACUCACCUCAGCCAAUGCGGUUCACGCUCCGCAUCUCGUACAGCUAGAUAUCUCCUUUAUUCUUGGAGAUUCGCCUGUUCUCGGCUACGCAAUCCCACACACAUCAUUACUCGUCUCAGUAAGCACUGGCUUGCCAUAUCCAGCAGUAUCGCUACGCGAACUUCUCCACGCGAUUGUGGAUGAUAUAGCACAUAAACCGAUGUGCAUCGACAAGACAGUCGAGGGCCUUGCUUCAAUUGUCAGUCCUGAUAGGGAUUCGGAAAUCACAUUAACGACUCUGGGACCGUGUAGUCAUACGGGGAUGGUGCAGAAGAUAUUAUCAUCUUUUUUCUCCACCGUUCACAUAAGCGCUCACAUCGGGUCUCAUGAAGGUUCAGACACCACAAACUCACGUGGUAGAUCGAGUGAUAUUGCCGUGAUCGGGAUGUCCGGGCGCUUUCCAUUGGCGGAAGAUGUGGAAGAAUUCUGGAAGGUGCUACAAGCCGGACAUGCAUUACACGAAACGAUUCCUCCCUCUCGCUUCUCCAUCUCCGACUUCCAUGACCCCACCGGCGAAACCAAAAACUCCCUCUUGACCACUCACGGCGUCUUCCUCCGCCACCCCGGCCUCUUCGACAACAAACUUUUCAACGUCUCCCCCAAAGAAGCCCUCCAGAUGGAUCCCCUGCAACGACUCCUCCUCCUCUGCACCUACGAAGCCCUUGAAAAAGCAGGGUAUGCGCGCAACUCCAGCGCUUCUACUCAUCCCUCUAGAACCGGCACAUAUUUUGGCCAAACCGUCGAUGACUGGAAAGAUAUCAAUGCCCAGAUGGGAAUCGAUACUCAUUACCUGCCCUCUCUCGACCGGGCAUUUCAUCCCGGCCGAGUAGCGCAUUAUUUUAAAUGGGGCGGAGGCUUUUACAGUGUUGAUACGGCCUGUUCGUCUAGUUUGACCUGUGCACAUCUCGCGUGCGAAGCUCUCAAUAAUCGUGAACUCGACAUGGCAACUGUAGCUGGGGGAUCACUACUCGGAGCCCCAGAAAUGUUUUCCGGAUUAGGCAAAGGUGGAUUUUUAUCUGCGACUGGCGGGUGCAAGACUUUCCACGAUGAUGCGGAUGGGUAUUGUCGGGGCGAAGCGCUCGGCGUUGUGGUCUUGAAAAGGUUGGAAGAUGCAGCGAGAGAGAAUGAUAACAUUCUUGCUGUGAUUAAGGGAACAGAAAGAAACUCGAAUGCAGGCGCGGCCUCGAUAACGUAUCCAGGGCAAGAGGCGCAGGAAACAUUGUUUGGGAGGCUGUUGAGAAAGGCCAGCGUGGAUCCACAUGAUGUAGGGUUUGUGGAAAUGCAUGGGACAGGGACGCAGGCCGGGGAUAAUGUCGAGACUAAUUCGGUAAGGAACGUGUUUGCGCAGAAUCGGGGCAGGGAUAAUCCGCUGUACAUUGGGGCUGUGAAGGCGAUUAUCGGGCAUAGUGAAGCAGCGGCGGGAAUUGCUUCACUCAUUAAAUCAUUGUUGAUUUUGAGGGAAGGAAGUAUCCCAACGCAGCCGGAGUGGCCCUUCAAGCUUAAUCACAAUUUUCCUGACCUGGAAGCAUCGAAUAUUGUUAUUGCAGACGGCAAGGGCCGACUGGUUCCAAGACCAAAUGGUGACGGCAAGAGAAGAAUCGUGGUUAAUUCUUUUGAUGCUGCAGGAGGUAACACUAGUCUCCUAAUCGAAGACGCACCUCGAAGGGUGUCGAAAAGCCCUGAUCCACGAUCCCAUCACGUCAUCACAGUUUCUGCUCGUACCUUAACCUCUCACGCAGCAAACAAGAAGCGCCUACUACAGUACCUAAAGAUGAACCCAGAUACUACGAUAGCUGAUUUGGCUUAUACAACAACUGCUCGUCGCGAACAUGAGCUCUACCGAGUAGCAUUUGUAUGCGAGUACAUUAGCGAACUAACGAAGCAACUUGAUUCAAGCACAGAGCCAGAACUACCACCAAAGUCCGGCUCAUCACUUAUAUUCGUAUUCACAGGACAAAGCGUGCAAUACACUGGAAUGGGCAGAAUACUAUAUGAGACUUCACCAAGAUUCAAGCAAACUCUCGAUACGUACCAAUCUCUCUGCGACAGUCAAGAUCUUGCUUCCUUUAUUGACAUCAUACGCGGAACGCAAGAUGUGAAAAAUGCGACAGCUGCUCAACUUCAACUAGCUAUUGUCGCGUUAGAGGUUGCUUUGGCCCAUUACUGGGAGUCUCUAGGCCUCAAACCACGCUUGGUAAUCGGACAUAGUCUUGGCGAGUACGCCGCGUUGUGCAUUGCUGGGGUGUUAUCCAUCAGCGAUACCCUGUUUCUAGUCAACAAGCGGGCCACGUUGAUGGAGAAGCAGUGUGGACCUGGAACUUCGGCUAUGCUAGCUAUUGCAUUGCCGAAAGACAAAGUCUCAGAGGUUCUGAAGACUCGGCUAUUUUGUGAAAUUUCCUGUUUGAAUGGCCCUUCUAGCACGGUUGUAAGUGGACCAACGGAGGAGAUACAAUCGCUUCGAAUUGAGCUUAAGGAGAAGAAAGUUCAAUCCUCACUUCUUCCAACUGGAUUCGGAUUUCAUUCUCAGGCAAUGGAUCCUAUUCUUGAUGAUUUCGAGGUGGCAUCGAAGAGAGCACACUUCAUGACACCUAAAAUCCCGGUCGCUUCAACCUUGACUGGUGAUGUGAUUACUUCUGAAGGAGUAUUCAAUGCCACUUAUCUGCGACGGCAAAUUCGUGAACCAGUCGCAUUCAUGAAAGCCGUGCGAACAUGUGAAUCAGAGGCAUUUAUCAGCAACAGCGAUGUCAUUCUCGAAACAGGUCCACAUCCAGUGUGUAUCGGACUUAUCACACAGAGUCUAUCAGAUGCACAACCAACUUGUCUCCCGUCACUACAUCGCAGCAAAGAUAAUUGGAAAACAAUUUCAGAGGCUAUCGCUGCUGCACAUGUUGCCAAGCUUCCUGUACUUUGGCAUGAGUUCCACGCCGAUCAUCUCAAUAGCGUCAGACUAUUAGAUUUACCCACAUAUGCGCUCGACUUGAAGGACUACUGGGUACCAUAUCGAGCGCAAUUGCCAGCAGCUCCUCAAACCCAAGCUAAACCUACUCUCUCAACAACAUGUCUGCAGAAAUUAGAAUCUCUAAGUAUCAAUAACACUCACGUAUCAGCUAUCUUCACAUCUCAGGUCUCCGAGCCAAAUCUCUACAAAGCCAUUCGCGGCCACGUUGUAGAUGACGUUGCAAUCUGUCCCGCUAGCGUGUUCUGCGAUAUGGCAUAUACAGCGUCGAAAUUCGUUCUCGAGCAAGCUGGUAUCAAAGCAGAUUUAGCUAAUCUGGAACUGGUUGAUCUUAAUAUGACGCAAGCGCUUGUUGUUCAUUCGAAAGAUACGGAACAAAUAGUUCAUGUUUCUGCCGAUCUUGACUCCACGCAAAAGGUCAUCUCUAUUACUUUUAGCUCCGUUGAAAACUCGAGCAGUAUGGCAGAACAUGGUACAUGUCGUGUUGUUGUCAACGAAGGAAAUGUUGUUCAGGAAGCGGAAUGGUCACGGAUGCAACGGCUGGUCGAAAGUAGGGUUGGCAGCUUAGAGAACUCCAAAACCGCACACCACAUAACUAAACCCCUGAUCUACAAGCUCUUCUCAACCCUAGUCGAUUACGAUAGAUCUUACCACGCAUUAUCAGAAAUCUCUAUAGAAGAAAACUUCGAGGAUGCCGCAGCCACUAUGGUUCUUAAACAGGAUCCAGACCUAGGCUCAUUCACGCACAGUCCAUACAUUGUAGAUGCACUCGUACAUCUCGCAGGACUGUUGCUAAAUGUCAAUCCCGCAAAACCAAAAACAGACCUGUAUAUUGCUGGAAAUAUUGGACGCAUGAGCAUCAUGGGCGAUUUGUCAAAAAAUCAACAGUGCACAGCCUAUGCAACGAUUCGAGAGCGAACCGGCAAAGGCGUUUGCCUGUAUGACGUACACGAACCUCGUGGCGAUAAGCACCGAUAUCAAAUUCCAGCGAUUAAGCAGAGAGAACUGGGGUUGAGCUGCCCGCCGCUAGAAGCGAAGGGGGAACUUGGCAGUGUCUCUGAGACUAUAUCAAUAUCACCUUCAAAGUCAACGGCCAAACAGGAACAACGACAGAAUCUAACAGCUAAGCGUCAAAGAUCAUCCAGCCAGACGCAAGCUCAGAAUAACAAGAAAUUAAAAAACACAUCUGAGACUUCUCAGAGUACUGCUUUAUUCAAGAUCGUCGCAGCAGAAUUAGGAAUAGAUAUCACCGAGUUGACACCUAGUACUGAAUUUGCUGAGAUAGGAGUUGAUUCCAUGCUCAGCAUCAAAAUCCUCUCAAUCUUCAAAAAGCAAUCGGGAACCGAACUCCCAGCGGCAUUCUUCAACAGCAAUUCCACCAUCACCUCAGCACGAGAAGAACUCGACGGAUCCCCCUCCCCCCAAACAUAUCACACCGCCACCUCCGAAUCUCAACCCAAACUCCCCAAAUCCCGCGUAAUCCUCAUCCAAGGCAAAUCCCACUCCAAAGCCACCCCCCUUUUCCUCGCUACCGACGGCUCCGGCGCCGUAACACCCUACAUUCACUUCCCCGCUCUCCCUCACGGUCGCAAGAUCUACGCCCUGGAAUCGCCAUUCCUAGAAAAGCCAGACGAAUACACUCUUUCCAUCCAAGAGAUGGCCGACAUCUUCAUCACCGCCAUGCGCACCAUCCAACCCCACGGCCCAUAUUUAAUCGGCGGGUGGUCCGCAGGCGGAAUCUACGCAUACGAAAUUGCACAUCGCUUAGCCAUGGUCGGGGAGACGAUCACCGGGCUCGUGAUAAUAGAUACACGUAUCAAUGUCUCUGUUCCUAUGGCAGAUGUAACCAUGGAAUUUAUCGAGCGUUUCGGGAUAUUCACCGGUGUGGGGCGCGGAAACCUAUUGUCGGGAUUAUCGGUGCAGCAGAAACAACAUCUGACAUCCACCGUUCGCGCUCUCUGUAAAUACGAUGCAGUGCCUUUUCCGGCUGGGAGGGCACCGCGCAAAACGCAUAUUAUUUGGGCGAGUAAGGGGCUGAAUGACAGUGCGAAUCCGGGGGAGAGGAACGACCAGGUUACGGGAAAGGCGGCAAUGAGGCCGGGGAGCGGGGGGAAGAAUAUGAGCGAGAUGGAGUUGGGGGAUUUUGAGGAGGAAUUUAAGAGUUGGUUUUUUGGGAAGAGGAGCGAUUUUGGGACGAAUGGGUGGGAAGAGUUAUUGCUGAAGGGGGAUGUUAAGGUUCAUAAGGUUGAUGCUGAUCAUUUUUCCAUGGUUGUGCCGCCCUGUGUGAAGGAGUUGGGUUCGGUGUUGUUGGAGAGCAUUGAAGAUUUUGCGAGAAUUGAGGCGGAGGAAGAAUAG